AUUCGGCGCAAGAAAAAUCACACAACCCUAAUCAAACCAAAAUAAGAGACUGAGAAUCAAAAUCUCCCUUCUUCCUCCUUUUUUUUUUAUAUAUUUUAAUUAUAAUAAAUGGUAAAACCAAUUCCUAUCACAACAGUUCUAAGAGGUGCGUCCGCCGCAGCAUCCAAAUUCGUCAAAUCGUCGAAACCGAUCCGACCCGUAUCCUCCAACAACACCAUGGCCAGUCCCGACAAAGACUCCUCCGCCGCCACCACCUCCAGCGGCAGUAGCCGCCGCAGCGUCCCACUUUCCGCUGUAGUAUCGGAUUGUGCGAAACGGUGGUUUGAAGACACACUUGAAGAAGCAAAAGCUGGGAACAUCACUAUGCAAGUUGUAUUGGGUCAGAUGUAUAACUCUGGCUACGGAGUUCCCAAAGAUGCUCGAAAGGGGAGGGUUUGGAUUACGAAAGCAUCAAAAGUUCGUUCGUCUGUGUGGAAAGUUAUGAAUAAACGACCAGGUUACAACGCAAGUGAUUCAGAUUCGCAUUCUGAGUAGUAUCAUAUGUCCAUUUAGAAAGAGCUCGUCUGUGUUCUGUUUUGUCUCAUAUUGGAUGUUCCAAGUUCAUACAAUAAACAAUAUUCGUCUCCGCCCAAAUCAAUUUUUGUGUUUGCUAAACCAUUUUGUUACAUGUCUUGCUUUAUUAUUUCUCUCUUUUUCUUUGUGAUAACCUUUUGCUGAUUUUGUAGCAAUGAAAAAGGGGUUUAAGGUA